AUGGAUAUAUGUAUAGAAAAGCUGGACGGGAUAGAUAGUGUAACUUUAGCACUUAUUACAGAUUACAUUACGGCAUAUCCCAAUAUACCCUUUGAGGUUGCUUACAAGUUAGCUGAAUCAGAAAAUAAAAACCCCACUCCAACAAAAAAGGUAGAACACUAUCCGGGUUCCGAGCAAGAUGGCAUGAACACUACAGCAAUUGGAGCUGAAGAAGGCAGUGAAUUUGAAACACUCCAGCAAGGUUGGGAAGCGGUGAUCUCAUCAGGAUCCACAAACGAUUCACUAAUGAACCUUAUUUCCCAGACCAAGGCAUUUCAGAGCAAGCGGCUUCACACUCUGCUACACACCGAGCGAAAGACUCGUCCUCUGGGAAAAGAGUCAUCGAUGAUGCGAGACCUCUUGCGUAGCCUUCUGGAAAGUCUGUGCGAUCGCUCUUUUUCGACCGAAGACGACCUUUGGUUAGCCUACCUGAAGCUACUUCCCUGUUUGCUGGAAGAGGUGGCUGUGGACUACGCGCCGAUGAACACGGCGCAGGGCCCUACGGAUCGCCUGAACUACGAACAGCUCUGGCACGCCGCCGAAGAGUGGCCGAAUGCUCGCGAAAUCGUAAGUCCUUACCGACGAGGGAUUAUUGAACCGCUGGAAAAGGAGCUCGUCUUUCAUUUCCACCCUGGCCUUCAAACCGUACAGCGAAGCGAGCCACAGCAUUUCUUUACCUUUCUCCUUGAUCUUCUAUGCCGAGUCGGUAAUAGCGAAGCGGUAUCGGCUGCUUUCUCACCAGGACUACCUGGACGAGUUGAACUCGUGGACUUUGGUCAACUACGACUGGGUUUAACAGCCGAGGCGAUUCUCAGUGAGACCUAUCAAUGGAAUCCACUAUCCACUUCUUUUUUGUCCGACACCCCUUUUGCGUACGUCGUGCACUUUAUCAACACAUUUCUCGACUUUGUGGAGCAGGCCGAACGGCGUGUUUAUUCACAGACGUUAGAAUUUCUAUCGGGGCGGGUGCUCGCGCCGCCGGCGAUGCGGGUGUAUCUCGCAAGGGGCAAUCAUAUGGUGGAAAAGGCCUUAAAGUGCGGGACCGACGCACUAUGGCGACGCCCCUUUCUCAAUCCCGGGAUCGAGGCACUCCCGUUUUAUUUAAAUACCGUACACUUUGUGCGGGGGGUGGACGCGUUCAUUCAACGGUUGAGUGGGACCUUUCUUCAUGUGGAUCCCUCACGGGGAGGCGGGAUGGUGCGGGAGUUCGUCGAGUCUGCCAUCGGAACCUACGUGGCCUUCACCGAAGAUCAUCUGUCGUCGUGGGAUGAAAGUGGGAACGACGACGACGAUGUGAAUUGGAAUCAUGUGUUGGAGAUUCAAGAGGUGAUUUUGAGUCUUUUCUUGGUUCUGACUGCCGCGGAGGGCUGGUUGGAGAUGUUGAAAUAUCCGGAGACGAAGGGUUCUUGCGAACCGCCUGCAAACUGUUCCGCCGCUGCUUCUUUUGAACCUUUCAGCAAAUUGGUGGCACACCGCGACGAGCAAAUUCAUAAAUGUGCGUUGGAGGCUGAACGACUAGUAAAGCUUAUGAGUAGACCGAGUGAAGUGCAUCAGCCUAAUUUAAGAGACUAUGAAGAUUUGGAAGUCUUGUUAGGCCACCUGUAUCGCGUCCCAUAUGGAUUCUCACUACUUGCUUUAGAAGCAGUGAUAAAAGAGAAGUUUGAGGAAUGCUUGACGGCCAAGGAACGUGAAUCUCUACAGCGUCAUCUCUCCUUAUUUGGACUUCGGCACACAUCCUGUUUGCUCGGAUGA